GCCGCUGAUUGGCCAGUCGGAGCGGAGGGCGUGACACGGCGGCAGCGUGCAUUCGCCUGUGUGACACAAUUACAACAACUUAGAGCCGCUGCUUGGGGAAGUUUGAGAGCGUCUGAAAGUAGCCUGUCCCUCCGAGCCGACUUCACAUCAGCGCCAUGCUGGAACCGGAGCUGUGCCGCGCGCCCGCCUCUCUCCCACAAUGAAGGCCGCGGAGGAGAAGGUGAAAGGAGCGUUUCCUUGAGGAAUCGGAAGAAUCGCGCUACGCCCCGUUUUAAUCCUGGAUCGGUGCGCGGUGGUUCCGCCCGGAGCCGCUCGGCCCCCCUCCCGGACUCUCCCCAUGAAGUCUAGCGGGGUGUCGCCGGCGGCCGCUGCCCGGAGCCUCUGCGCUGCUGACGAGGAGAAAAUGGCGUCUGGAAAAGCGACUGAAAUCGAGGAGGACUUUCCGAAGCUAACGGCGCAGGAGGAGCAGAGCCUGGUCGGAGCUGACAGUUCACUGUUUGGAUUUCACGGGCUUCAAGAAGAUGGCGCCAGAACGAAGGCCUUGCUGAUGAAGGCUGUUAGCUGCUAUGACGGCCUCAUCCUGAAGGCGGAGGGGAAGGUGGACCCUGACAUCUUCUGCCGGCUCGGCCACUUCAACCUGCUGCUGGAGGACUAUCCUAAAGCGUUAUCUGCUUACCAGAGGUACUUCAGUUUACAGUCGGAUUACUGGAAGAAUGCUGCCUUUCUCUACGGCCUUGGAAUGGUUUACUUCCAUUACAGCGCCUUUCAGUGGGCUAUUAAGGCCUUCCAAGAGGUGCUCUACAUCGACCCAACGUUUUCCCGAGCGAAAGAAAUUCAUCUGAGACUGGGACUCAUGUUUAAUGUCAACACAGUCUACGAGUCCAGCUUGAAGCAUUUCCAGCUGGCUUUGAUCGACUCUAAUCUCUGCACUUUAUCCAAAGCUGAAAUUCAGUUCCACAUCGCUCAUUUAUAUGAAAUCCAGAAGAAAUUCAGAGCAGCUAAGGAGGCGUACGAGAGUCUGCUGCAGAGCCAAGAUCUCCCUGCUCAGGUGAAGGCCGCCACACUGCAGCAGCUCGGCUGGAUGCAUCACACCGUGGAGCAGCUGAGGGAGAAAGAUGCUAAGGGCUGCUAUGCCAUCCAGUGUCUGCAGAAGUCUCUGGAAGCAGACCCCAACUCAGGCCAGUCCUGGUACCUACUGGGCAGGUGCUACUCCAGUAUUGGGAAGGUGCAGGAUGCCUUCAUCUCCUACCGGCAGUCCAUCGAUAAGUCUGAGGCCAGCGCCGACACCUGGUGCUCCAUUGGCGUUCUGUACCAGCAGCAGAACCAGCCGAUGGACGCUCUGCAGGCCUACAUCUGCGCUGUGCAGCUGGACCACAGCCACGCCGCCGCCUGGAUGGACCUGGGCACCCUCUACGAGUCCUGCGGCCAGCUGCAGGACGCCAUGAAGUGCUACAUCAACGCCAUGCGCAGCAAAGCGUGUCUGAACAGCGCCGCCCUGGCUCAGCGCAUCAAGCUGCUGCAGGCUCAGUUGUGUAACCUUCAACCAGGUAGUCUGCAGAGUAAGACUAAAAUGCUUCCUUGUAUUGAGGAGGCGUGGAGCCUUCCCAUCCCUGCUGAGCUCACGUCCAGGCAGGGGGCCUUGAACGCAGCACAGGCACAGCAGGCCUGUAAAGGUGAGGGAGGCCCGUCUGCCGGCGGCCACUCCGACCCACAGGCCAGCCCGGCCAAAAGGAAGCGCACUGCCAGCCCAGCCAAGGGCGCCGCGGACCUGCUGGCCAAUGGAUCCAAUCAGCAGCAGAUCCCUGGCUGGUGUCUAACGCCUCAGAAGCUCCAGCUGUUGGAUCAUCUGCGGAAAAACCGGAGCUGCCUGAAGCCUCCUCAGCUGCAGAUGUUGGAGCAGCUGGAGAAGCAGCUGUCCGUCAUGCAGCAGCAGAUGAAGCAGCAGGCAGGAGGCCAGCAGCCGUCCCUCCUUCCCAACGGCGCCGUAGCCGACUCCCCCCUCCCCCGCUCCUCCCCCCUUAGUCACACAGCCAAUGGACCCCCCAGCGUCCCCCAGGCCACGACCAACGGAUCCUGCUCUUCGAGUCCUUCGGCGGGUCUGCCAGGACACCUGGACCUUACCAAUCACACCGCGGGGCCGGGAGGCGGCGGCGGCGCGAGCAACGGAGACGUGCCUUACCCGCUGCAGAACUCUCUACCUCACACCAGUCAGCCCAGCACCACCAGCAGCACUAAUAUUAGUCCCAGUCAGGCAGAGACCUGGAGGAGCCAACAACACGACACUAGCACUCAGGGGCUCCAUAAAGGUCAAGGUUCAUAUUCAGCAGGUCCUGAUGAAGAACCUCCCUCCUCCCCCCCCUCUCAGACCCCCUUCUCCUCCUCCGUCAUUCUCAGUCAGGUGGGACAUUGCUCUGGGCCCUGCACUGCCUCCUCCUCGGCCUCCUCCUUAUCCCCCACCUCCCCCCAGUCCUCCCCCCUCCACUCAGCUACUACCUCAGGGCUCCACACCAAAGAAGCAACACCUUCCAGGGUUGAAAACGGCAGCGUCGUCCCCGCCGCCGUUGGCCAUCAUGGAGGAGUGCCGCCCAGUCCUGGCUCCGCCCCCCGGCAGGGAUCGACUAAUCACGUCCAGCCGGGGCGCUCGGCCGGCCUGUCCCAGCCCGCCUCUCCUGCCCCCGCAGCGCUCAGUUCAGACAAUCCUCAACUCUCAGCCUUUGGAAAGGAAAAAGCCAGUAACUAUGACAACGAGCAGGGUCACCACGGAGCGUCUUCCUCAGAGAAGGUCAACAACGUCCACGCUGCUCUCCGCGCCAAGCCGGAGCUCUCAGUGGCGUCCUCUCCUCUGUCUCCUUACCCCGCCAGCGCCCCCUGCUGCCUUAAUGGGAGGGGCCCCGAGGACUUCAGGAGCCCUCAGAGGAACACGCCCCCUGCUGGUCUGACUCCCUGGUCUUCAGUCUCCAUCUAUCCCAGCUCUAGUGACGUGCUCAGAGCCUGCAGGUGAGAGGAUGCUCUACCAG